UUUGACAGCUGCACGAGCUGCGCGCUGCAUGUGUAUGUGUGUGUGCGAAAAUAUUAAUUGAUACCUGGCGAUGCGAUGCAGUGCCGUGUGAAAUACGUCGGAGCUGGUUGUUUAUAAAUUCAAACAGUUUAACUUCUGAUUCGACAAAAUUUGUGUUUUCGGCAUACUUGUUUGCUGGGGCCAGCCAAAAAAAAAAAGCGACGUGCAACGCACACACACCGACAGGGUAAACGCGGACGGGAAAAACGCACACACCCAUACAAAUGCCAUAAAUUGAAGUGUAUGUGUAGUAUUGUAUUGUUGGAAAGAAAGCAAGCAAGCGAGCACACGCAUACGGCAAAAUACGAAAAGAAUAUAUACAUAAACGUUUUUUUCGCCAGAGCUUAAGUUCAGCUACGGGUUACGCUGCUGUUUUCCGAUUUAAACGCCCUCGCCUUGCCGCCCACCAGCCAAUAUCCUCCGCCCAGCGCCAACCCCCUCCUUUUCUGGAAUCUGUGAGGUGAGAGAGAGAAGAGAGCGAGCGGGCCGAAAAUAUAUUUAUUUAUAUUUAUUGACAGCAAGCGCGGAUAGCAAGUGAGUGGGAGAGCUUCGAUUGAGAGAGAGGGAGAGACACACCGAGAGCAGGAACGCCGCAUAGCGGCUGGAACGGUGAUCCAGUCAUCCAGCAAUCCAGCAGGGCCAAUCCAGUGAUUCCCCAUCCUCCCGACCGAUACCCGAUAACGAUACCUCUACCGAUCCGAUACCGAUCCUCCGCGGAGGAGCCGCCGAUUUUAGCACCAUUCAAGUGCCGACUAAAAUGGAAAUUGAAACAGACCAGUCUAUUGAAGCAAUGGACACCCAGGACACCCAAGAGGUCGAGAUCCUCACCAGUGACCUCCAGCAGCAGCCACAGCAACAACAGACCCCGCAGCAGCAGCAGCAGAAUUCGCCACCUCAGUUGCCCAAAUUCAAAAAUCUAAUCCAGCCACAAUUGCACGCAGUGGGUGCAGUUACUCAGCUGCCCAGCGAGAACGGCAAUGUGCCGCCACAGCAGCUGCUGGCCGACAGUAGCUCCGCAUCCUUUGGCCAGGACGCCGAGGCCAUGGGCAUCGAUGAUGACUCCAAGGAGGAUCAGUUCCGUUCGGAGACCACAUUCUCCUUCACUGUGGAGAAUGUGGGUCAACUAAAGUCGCAGCGACUGUCGCCGCCAGUCUAUGUACGCAUGUUGCCAUGGAAGAUCAUGGUCAUACCCAAUGAUCGGGCGCUGGGCUUCUUCCUGCAGUGCAACGGGGAGAAUGACUCGCCCACCUGGUCUUGCAACGCCAUCGCCGAGCUGCGUUUGAAAUGCCACAAGCCGGAUGCACAGCCCUUCACCCGGGCCCGCAUCAAGCAUUUGUUCUAUUCCAAGGAGAACGACUACGGCUACUCGAACUUCAUCACCUGGCAGGAGCUGCAGGAUGCCGACAAGAGCUAUGUGCACAACAACAGCAUCACUCUGGAGGUUCACGUCAUUGCGGAUGCCCCGCACGGUGUGUUGUGGGACUCGAAGAAGCACACUGGCUAUGUGGGCCUGAAGAAUCAGGGCGCCACCUGCUACAUGAACUCACUGCUGCAGACAUUGUAUUUUACCAACUCCUUGAGAUUGUCCGUGUAUCGCAUUCCCACGGAGGCGGAUGAUAGCACCAAGUCGGUGGGCCUAUCGCUGCAGCGGGUGUUCCACGAACUGCAGUUCGGUGACCGUCCCGUGGGCACCAAGAAGCUAACCAAGUCCUUUGGCUGGGAGACACUCGACUCGUUUAUGCAGCAUGAUGUCCAAGAAUUUCUGCGUGUACUGCUCGACAAGCUGGAGUCCAAGAUGAAGGGCACCACCCUGGAGGGCACUAUUCCGGGACUAUUCGAGGGCAAGAUGUCUUCAUACAUCAAGUGCAAGAACGUCGACUACAACAGCACUCGCUACGAGACGUUCUACGACAUCCAGCUGAACAUCAAGGACAAGAAGAACAUCUACGAGUCCUUCCAGGAUUAUGUGGCCUCCGAGACCUUGGAGGGCGAUAACAAAUACGAUGCUGGUGUGCAUGGCCUUCAGGAGGCCAGUAAGGGCGUCAUUUUUACUGCAUUCCCGCCCGUUUUGCAUCUGCACCUGAUGCGCUUCCAGUACGAUCCCAUCACAGACAGCUCGAUCAAGUACAACGAUCGCUUCGAGUUCUACGAGCAGAUCAACCUAGACCGCUACCUGGCCGAGAGCGAGAAGACCUCGGCGGACUACGUCCUGCACGCUGUGCUUGUCCACUCUGGCGACAACCACGGCGGUCACUAUGUGGUCUUCAUCAAUCCCAAGGCUGAUGGACGCUGGUUUAAGUUCGACGACGACGUGGUCUCCAGUUGCCGCAAGCAGGAGGCAAUUGAACAGAACUACGGCGGCAUGGACGACGAGAUCUCGUUCCAUGCCAAGUGCAGCAAUGCCUACAUGUUGGUGUACAUCCGGCAAUCGGAGUUGGAGCGUGUCCUGGGCGAUAUACCGGAGAACGAGAUCUCGAGCGACCUAGUGGAGCGCUUGGACUUGGAGAAGCGCAUCGAGAUGGCGCGUCGCAAGGAGCGCAGCGAGGCCAACCUCUAUGUGUCCGUGCACGUCAUCCUCGAGGAGUACUUUGAGGACCAGCAUAAGCGUCGGUUGUUCGAUCUGGAGAAGGCCCAUCCGCGCAUCUUUAGGAUCAAGCAGAAUCAGACCGUCGACGAGCUGGUCGACAUGUUUGUCAAGGGUUUCGGCGUGUCGCGCGAUCGCAUGCGCAUCUGGAACAUGUGCACCGCCCAGACGCAGAAGUUCUUGCACUUUGACUUCGAAGCAGAGGCGUCGCGCACCAUCGAGCAGAUCCCCACAUCGCAGAAGCCGUGGGUCAUCUGGCUGGAGCUAGCCUGUCCGAACGUUCCUGGUCCCCUGCCGCCCUUCAAUCCCAAGUCGGAGGUCCUGCUGUUCCUCAAGUACUAUGAUGCGCGAAACAAGCGCCUCAACUACAUUGGAUGCACCCAGCAGCCAUAUACCCGCCGGCUGAUCGAUCUCGUGCCGGAGGUUAACCGCAAACUGGGCUUCGAACCGGAAACCGAGUUGACCAUCUACGACGAGUACGCCGACAAGAAGCUCCUCAAUCUGAACGAGCCCAUCGAGAGCGUGCUCUUCAUACCGCAGGACCAUCUGCAGGGUCACAUCCUUAUUUUCGAGCGCGAGUGCGUGGACGCCAAGCUGGACCUGCCCACUGUGGAGGACUACUUCCUGGAUCUUGUCUAUCGCAUCGAGAUCAUCUUCAGCGACAAGUGCAACCCCAAUGAACCGGACUUCACGCUGGAGCUCUCCAAUCGCUACAACUACGAGCAGCUAACCAAUGCGGUGGCCGAGCGCCUGAACACCGAUCCCCAGAAGCUGCAGUUCUUUAUGUGCAUCAACAACUACAAGGAGACGGCGGGAAAUGCAGUGCCCUACACGUUCAAGGGCACCAUCAAGGACCUGGUAUCGUACACCAAGCAGAGCACGCCCAAGCGCAUUUUCUACCAGCGCCUCUCGCUGAGCAUCCACGAGCUGGACAACAAGAAGCAGUUUAAGUGCGUCUGGGUGAGCAGCGACCUCAAAGACGAGAAGGAGCUGGUUCUGUACCCGAACAAGAACGAUACGGUAAAGGGUCUGCUGGAGGAAGCGGCCAAGAAGAUCACGUUCGCGGAGAAUAGCCGGCGUAAGCUGCGCCUAAUGAAGGUCAGCAACCACAAGAUCGUGGCGGUCUGCAAGGACGACAUACCGCUGGACACGUUGCUGAAGACCAGCGAGUCGAUCACGACCACCCAGGGCGCCCAGAAGACUUAUCGCAUCGAGGAGGUGCCGGCGGAGGAGAUGCAGCUGGCGGAGAACGAGUACCUCAUCCCAGUGGCCCACUUCAGCAAGGAGCUGUACAACUCGUUCGGCGUACCCUUCCUCACCAAGGCGCGCCAGGGCGAGCCGUAUGGCGCUCUGAAGCAACGCAUCCAGAGGCGUCUGAAUGUGCCGGACAAGGAGUGGGAGAACUACAAGUUCUCCGUGAUCAGCAUGGGCCACAAUGCGGAUGUGAACGACAAUACGCCCGUUGAUUUGGAGGUGUAUCGCUCGUGGACCACCGGUCAGUUGCCCUUCUUCGGCUUGGAUCACAUCAACAAAUCGCGCAAGCGCAGCUCGCUCAACUUUUCCGAGAAGGCCAUUAAGAUAUACAACUAGAGGGUGUGUUGGUUGGAGCGGGUGGACAUGCCUGUGAACUGGAUGAAGGAGCAAGAUUUUUUUUUGGGGAGGGGGUCAGAGGAUUAAGUAUUGCGAAAUGGAACGACGGCUAGGAAUGGAUGGAGAGUGGCGGCCUCAGUCCUCCAAAUUUGAAGCACGUGAAGCAGCAGGCAGAAGUCCUAGGAACCGUUCACACACACACACGCAGCACUUACCCCAUUUAAUUUAAAUAUAUAAACUGUUUUUGUAAUCUAACCGCUAAGUCAAGUAUAGUUAUUUAUUAACCCUCGCCGCCAACGGCGAUGUUAAAGAACUGGCCACGCACACCAGCUCCUCCUUCCUGAUCGCUUUGGAUCAUCGAUCCCAUCCGACACUGUCCAGUUCCGUUUCCAGUUGCAAUCCUGACCAGAGUCCGAGUAUCAACUUUCGCAUCGAGUUGCAGUCCCCCACAAUUCUACUGACUUGCUGCUUGAAUUAAAGUAACUUCAAUUUAGGCUUAGGCUUUUACGUGUGUGUGUACUUUCUAUGCUAUAAUAUUCUUAAUCGAUAAUUGUUUAAUCGCAGGCAGAAGUGAAUUCGAAACGGAACGAAUCGGUUGCUUUUGUCUAAAUGUAAAUAAGCGUUCGUUGCAAGUUGCCCAUUAAAAAAUAAAAAAAAGAACACAUAUGUAAGAAAAAAGAAAACAAAGGAAGAACCUAAACCUAAACCUAAAUACAACCAACAAAAGAUACAUAUAUAUAAAUAUACGGAGAGAGCUGUAAACAAAUAAACGCAACUAAGUAACAAGUAUAACUUUAAACGAAACAAAAAGAUUAACACAAAAAGUCACCGAGUUGCGCUAAAAGAGACAAGGAAGGCAAAGUUAUAAAGAUAUAUUCUAUUCGAGCAGCAGAUCGAAAGAGACAGAGAGACAGCGAGGAGAUGGAAAAUAUAAGAUUUGUUUCAAACAAUUAUUUGUGAUUUUUAAACAUGAAAUGAUAAAAGUGUAUGCAAAGGACUAGACAACAUAAUAUUAAUUAAUAAAUUACUAUAAUACAUACAG